AUGGCCUCCCUGAACAUCGCCAGCUCGAUCCGCGUCUUCCCUACAAAGCCCCAUGAGCCACGCACAGUGCCGCUCUCGAUUCUGGAUGCGCACGUAGGCGAUUUCGCACCCGCUGCAGCAGCCUGGGUGUACGAGGCCUCUCCCCAGACCGACCGUGCCUUCGCUGCCGAUCGUCUGCGAGAGUCCCUGGCGCGGACGCUGGACGUUUAUCCCCAACUCUCUGGACAGUUGGAUUUCACGACAUACGUACGCGGUGGAGAUCACACCACUCGAUCGCGCCGAAUGCAGGUCUCAUAUGGUGGUGGACCAGACCCCGGAGUCGAAUUCGUAGUCGCGGACUCCGAGUCAGACUUGCAGUCCAUCCUCCCGGCCAAUGGGCCAACCUCUGCCGAAAUGCUAGACAGCUCGACAUUCAGCCAGCUUCCCCUCCUGCCCAAAAGCCCUGCCCUUGCAUCGCAUACUACGGCUGAAUUCCAGGGCUUGCCGUGUCUGAUCAUUCAACUCACACGGUUCCGUUGCGGUGGUGUUAUCCUCACUCUCAAAGCGUCUCAUCCGUUGGCCGACGCUCAAACACUAUGCACUUUCGCCAGGGACUGGGCUGCGAUCAACAGAGCAGUCCUGGAAGAGAAACCCGUCCCCGCCUUCUCUCGACCAUUUUGUCCCGGCGAAUUGGACUCGAGAGCAGUCGCGGAUAUCGAUGCCUUGCAUCCGAACCCCAGUGUACUCGAAAUCUCGCACCAGCUUCCGGUCCACUGGUACGACUGGUGGGCCCCGUCGUCUGGGGGUCCGGGUUGGGCAGCGUCCUCGGCACGAAUUCCAGAUCAUCUCACCUCCCUGCCACCGGAUAUGACAUUUGAGAAUCCAAUGCCCUGGAAAGACUGGGAUAUGACCCUUUCCAUCCAAAAUGUCAUCCUCCAGUUCAGUCGAGAAGAGGUGGACAAGAUCUGGGCGGCCGCAGCAUCCGACCUCGACGCGGCAUCGCCUCGCAUCAGCCGCUUGGAUGCGUUGCAGGCUCAUUUGUGGAGAAUACUGAUACGCGCUUACGAGCCUACCUCAGACGAAGUUUUCCAUAUGCAUCUGACAUUGGGACUGCGAGACCGGCUCCAACCGGCUCUCGGUUCUGAUUUCCUCGGCUCGCCAAUCGUGCUGGCGAGGGCCAGCGCGUCAUCCUCUGAUAGCCUCCCAUCCCUGGCUCGUAGCAUCCGGCGCACUGUUGCGCAGUUCACCCCAGCACGUGCAGCUGCUCUGCUGCACGACAUGGCCUGUUCGAUUGACUCGCGGCGGUUUUGGGGCGGAUUUAUCGGUCGCCGGAACUUGAUCAUCACGUCCUGGGUUCGACUGGGCGUUUACGAGAUCGACUUUGGGUCGGGACGGCCUCGGUUUGUGCAUGCACUCAUGCCUUUCAUGGAAGGCGUCGUUCAGAUCAUGGAAUCCCCGCAGACCACGGGCGUAGAGGGUCCCUGGUAUGCAGAUGGUGUGAACAUCUCUCUUAUGCUCCCUACGGAUAUCGUUGCAAAGCUCGUGGCACUACGUACAUUCGAGGAGUAA